CUGAGCGUGGUCAGUUAUGUCCCUGCCAGUUAUUGCCGCAGUCGUCACUGCAUUUAGUGCACUGGUGCUGUAUUUAUGGUCUCGGAGGAAGUCUUCAACUGACCCUCCUAUUCUCAAAGGUUGGGUUCCUUGGCUUGGCUGUGCUGUUGAAUUCGGAAAGGCACCGUUGUGGUUCAUCCAAAAAGCGAAGUGCAAGCUAGGUCCAUUGUUCACAAUAUAUGUGACAGGAAAGAGACUGACAUUUGUAACAGAGCAAGAAGAUUUCAAGCACUUUUUCCAGUCCCCAAAUGUUGAUUUCCAGCAGGCAGUUCAACAACCAGUCAAAAAUACAGCAUCCGUCAAGGAGGAAUCCUUCUUCCAAUAUCACACUAAAAUUCAUGAUACUGUGAAGGGGCGACUGGCACCCUCUAAACUUGGUCUUAUCUCCCAGCAACUUUCCAAGGGAUUCUUAGAACAACUGAAUAAGUCAGAGAGAUCAGGUCAAUCCAUAGAUUUGAAUGAUUUCAUUAGAAAUGUAAUGUAUGCAGCUGUCCUUAACCAUUUAUUUGGGAAAGGUGUGAUGCCAACAGACACAAAGGAAGGCCUCAGGGAACUGACUGUGAAUUUUGUGGAAUAUGAUGAUGAGUUUGAGUAUGGCUCACAGCUCCCAGAGUUGUUCUUAAAGCAGUGGGCCAAGUCCAAGCACUGGUUGCUGAACCUGUUCAGAAACAUAGUAAAGAAGUUAGAUACGGAGCAGAGGUCAUCAGGUGAAGAUGAAACAUUGUUGCAGACUCUUAUUGCUUCUGUUGACCGACCCCAUGCGCCAAAUUACGGAUUAUUGCUUAUGUGGGCCUCGCUGGCUAAUGCUAUUCCUAUAUCAUUCUGGACUGUUGCUUUUAUACUAUCGGAGGAGGGUUGUUUAGAAAAGGCAAAGAAAGAGAUUAAAGAAGCUUUGGGCAGUCCAGGUUCAUUACCCUCAGAUGCAGAAAUACCUGAAGAGACAUUACUUAAGAUGCCCUAUAUCAAGCAGUGUAUCAUGGAGGCCAUCAGGCUGCGCUCGCCAGGUGUCAUUACCCGCAAAGUUGUCAAACCCAUUCCUAUACGAAAUUACAUCAUCCCUGCUGGAGACCAUAUAAUGCUGUCACCAUACUGGGCUCAUAGGAAUACACAGUUUUUUCCAGACCCAGAGAGAUUUUAUCCAGAACGCUGGGACAAAGCUGAUUUAGAAAAGAAUGUGUUUUUGGAAGGGUUUGUAGCAUUUGGUGGAGGCAGAUAUCAAUGUCCUGGGAGGUGGUUUGCUUUAAUGGAAAUCCAUAUCUUUAUUGCUCUGUUAUUACACAAGUUUGACAUGAAACUCGUCAGCAAUGUACCAAACCUGAGUCCUCUUCAUCUUGUUGGUACUCAGCAACCUGUAGGGAAAUGCCUUGUAGAUUACAAGAUGUAUUAGUGCUAAAAUUUUUGGUGUCAGCUACCAAUAUAUAUUUUUUUGUUAA